CCUGCCACGCCACACCGCGCCGGCAUCGCAUCGGCUCCCUGGCUGUCGCAUCACCGAGCGGGGAGGGGCCCGGGUCUCCUCCAUUGGCUGCCGCUGCUGUUUCACCGACAGCUUUACGGUAGCGCCCCGGCCGGAGAGGAUGUGCUCGAGCGGUGCUCUGUUCUCCCCCGAGGCGCACGAUCUGCGGGAUUUCACCAUGAUUCUAAGAAGGCUCUAGCGGUGUUUUUUUUUCUUUUCUUUCUUUCUUUUUUUUUUUUUUGCGUCCGACCUUCUUCCUCAGCACGCAGCCUCGGAUCCCGCUUCGCCCCCCCUCGCGAAAUAAGAGAUGCGCUCGGAUAAACGCGGGUACAUUGUCCGGACACCGCGAGAGGAGAGGAGCAUGUAACCGGGAGACACGCACCGGCGGCGGCGGCGGCGGAGGACCCACCUGACACCCCCCCCUCCCUGUCUCUCUCUCUCACUCUCUUUGCUCCUCGUUUUCUCACAGUCCUAGCCUUCUCUGACUGACUGAACACUUCUGGCUGUUUUUUUUUGUUUUGUUUGUUUUUUGGGGAUAUUAUCUUCAGCAAAAAUGAGCGAAGAAGUGUCAGAGGUCCCCAAAGAGCUCCUGGAGAGUGUGAGGGAUGCAGUGGGGAGGAAGGUGAAGCUGUCGCUGAGGAAGAGAGUCAAGCUGGAGAUCAAAGGAGACAAGACGGAGAACAGAGUCUUGGCCCUUGCAUCUCACCGAGCCUACCUCUUGACGGCACGCAUUCCCACCAAGGUGGAACAUUCCUUUAAUUAUCUGGAGAUCCAGGGGAUUGCCUGUAACAAGCCCACACAGCUGUUCAUAGAGUACGAGCGCGGCUCCUUCUCUCUGAAGCUGCUCUCUACUGAGGAGGUCAAUGAUGUGGUCGCUCACAUAGGAAACUGUAUGUUGAGGAUAUGUCCGGGUCUACCACCAAGUAAAGUGAUGAAGAAGCUCUGCAUGGAGCCUCCAGACAGACUGACCUCUCUGCAGACUCUGUGGGAGAACAACAAACCAGCUGAACCGGGACCCUGCGGUGGGUUUUCUCAGAUGUACAGAUGUGUUUGUGACUGGUUGGGGCUGCCUUACAAAGAGGAAGUGCAGUGGGAUGUGGAUACCAUCUAUUUGACACAAGACACCAGAGAACUCAACCUGCAGGAUUUCAGCCACCUGGAGAACAGGGAUCUGGUGGCGAUAAUAGCAGUUCUGGAGUUUAACCAGUGGUUUACCAAGCUCUCCACCAAGGACUACAAACUGUCUGCAGAUGUGUGUGAACAGAUCCUCCGGGUCGUGUCCCGCUCUAGUCGACUGGAGGAGUUGGUUCUCGACAACGCAGGCCUCAAAACUGAUUUUGCCCAGAAGCUUGCUGCUGCCCUGGCCCAUAACCCCAGCUCAGGACUCAUCACCAUUAAUCUUGCCAACAACCCACUGGAGGACCGAGGUAUCUCCUCCCUGGGUGCUCAAUUUGCCAAACUUCGGAUGGGGCUCAAGCAUUUAAACUUCUCCAAAACCUCACUAUCACCCAAAGGGGUGAACAGCCUUUGCCAGUCACUGAGUGCCAACCCGUCCAUCCCCAGCAGCCUGGUCCAUCUGGACCUCUCAGGGAAUGUCCUCCGAGGAGACGACAUGCAGCAUUUCUACCACUUCCUGGGUCAACCCAACAGCCUGGCAACCCUUGACCUCUCCAACACCGACUGCUCAUUAGACCAGGUUUGCUCGGCUCUGCUGCGGGGCUCGGUCCAACACCUCUCCGUUCUCAACGUCUCAAAAAGUGUCUUCCCUCACAGGAAAGGCAAAGAGGUGCCUCCGUCAUUCAAGCACUUCUUCAGCAGCGCCAUGUCUCUCAGCUCCGUCAACGUGUCAGGAACCAAGCUGCCGCCAGAGGCCCUCAAAGCUCUCCUGCUCGGCCUGGCAAGUAACAUCAGUGUGAAGGACGUCUCUCUCGACCUCAGCUGUUGUGAGUUGCGGUCAGGAGGUUCUCAAAUCCUUGAAGGUUGUAUCGCUGAGAUCCCAAACAUCUCCAGCUUAGACAUCUCUGACAAUGGCCUGGAUGCAGACCUGUCCACUCUUCUGGUGUGGUUAGCCAAGAACCGAUCCAUCAGGCACCUCUCUCUGGGCAAGAACUUCAACAACAUCAAGUCCAAAAACCUUGCCCCAGUGUUGGACAGCCUGGUCCAUAUGAUUCAAGAGGAGGAGUCGCCCCUCACAUCUUUGUCUCUAGCAGACUCCAGACUUAAGAGCGAUCUCACCAUUGUGCUGAAUGCGAUCGGCAGCAACUCCUCGCUCUCCAGAUUAGACAUCAGCGGGAAUGCCAUGGGGGACAUGGGAGCCAAGAUGCUGGCCAAGGCGCUGCAGAUCAACUCCAAACUCAGGACUGUGAUCUGGGAUAAGAACAACACCAGCCCUCAGGGUCUUCAGGAUGUAGCAGCUGCUCUGGAGAAGAACUACACCAUUCGUUUCAUGCCCGUCCCCAUCAUCGAUGCCUCCCAGGCUCUGAAGGCCAGCCCGGAGAAAACAGAGGACGCUUUGCUCAAGAUUGAGAGUUAUCUCUACAGGAACCAUGAAACCAGAAAAUACCUGCAGGAACAGGCCUAUCGGCUGCAGCAAGGCAUCGUCACAACAACCACACAACAGAUGAUUGACAGGAUUUGUGUGAAGGUGCAGGACCACCUGAACUCUCUGAGGAACUCGGAGACAGACGUCGUCUUGGAGGACGUCAGGUCGGCAGAGAGCCUCAUCAAAGAUGCCCGGAACUCUAAAACGCUGCUCCCAAAUCUCUACCACCUUGGAUCGGCUGCCAGAGAGGAAGUGAACAGUUCGUCAGUGGGACCCAUCCAGGAGAAACUGGAGUCCAUGGCUGGGGAGGUGACAAAUGUCAUGGACCAGCAGCUACAGACUCUGUUGGAGUCAAUGGUGGAUGCAGCAGAGGCUCUUUGCCCCCAUGUGAUGAAGAAGAGUAACCUUCGUCAAGAGCUAAUGAAAGCCAGUUCUUCCAAGAUGGUAGUACCCAAAAGCUUUGUGACCAAAACCCUCCUGGAGCAGUCUGGGGUGGAUAUCAUCAACAAGAUGAGUGAGGUGAAGCUGAGUCUGGCAUCCUUCCUGUCUGAUCGCAUCGUUGAUGAGAUUCUGGAGUCUCUUUCCACUUCCCAACUCACUCUGGCAGAUCAUCUUGUGCGACGAGGUCGUCCCCUGGUGCAGCAGGAGUCUGUGGAUCUGGAUGUCCCGGAGGAAAAGAUUCCCAAAAGGGCGUCAACCGAGAUACUGGAGGCCGAGAGGCUGGAGGAUCUAGAGACAUGCAUGAUGACUCCCAAAUCCAAGAGGAAGAGCAUCCACAGCAGAAUGCUGCGGCCAGUGUCUCGUGCCUUUGAGAUGGAGUUUGACCUGGAUAAGGCCCUGGAGGACGUCCCUGUCCACAUGGAGGACACUUCAUCUCGAACGCCACCUACUCCGUCUCAUGUGCUGCCAAAACUGGAGCAUCGUCCGUCGGGAGGGAUGGUGGAGCUGCCGUCUGAGGAGGAAAAGAAGCUGCAGCACUUCACCAAACUACGACCCCGCCGGAACAAGAAACAGCAUUCCAGCAAAGUACCCCAAAUCAACAGUGCUCCAUCUCAGGAUGGGGAGCAGAAUGGCCUCAUGGGAAGGGUGGAUGAGGGUGUGGAUGAGUUCUUUUCCACAAAAGUCACCAAGAUGGAUUCCAAACGUUCCCUGAAAAGCUCAGAAUCUCAAGAUGGAGAGAAGAAGAAGAGUAAAGGCGGAUUCCUCAACCUCAUCAAACGCUCUUCCAAAUCUGACAAAUCGGAUAAAUCGGACAAAUCAGAUAAGUCUGACAAAAACCAGUCAGCUGCAUCAGCUUCAUCCUCCACCUCGACACCAGCUUCCACCAUCCCUGAGGAGCCCUCCUCACCCAAGGUGGCAUUAAAGAGCCCAGCGCCUGAGACAAAGUCCAGAGAUGCUUCCAACCGCUCGCAGCCGACAGACUACAGCAGCAGCUCCGACCGCUCAGAGGAGCUCAGGACGCCGGACUCCAUCGACGAGCCCUGGGAGGUUUCGGACGGCAGGGGCAGUCCUCAGGGAGGCAGGCGGUACCCGGGUUUACAGAUGAUGGGUAGCGGCCUCCUGGCAGAGAUGAAGGCCAAGCAGGAGAGGAGAGCAUACAAGUCUUCCAGCCCUGACAGGCCCGACAGCAACGCAACAGCAGGCAAGUCCCAGCCCACCAUUUCAGAAAGCAGGUCUCCCACCAGCUCAGUUAAUAAAUCAGACCCCGGCUCUCCGGAGAAGACCCCUCCGCGUGGUGAGGCCAGGCCUGAACCGGCCCUUCGUCUCAGGUCUACAUCGUCGUCAAGUUCCCCUGGGGGACCAGUAAGUCCGAAACCACCUGUGCCACAGGGAGCGAAGCCCGCGCUGGCUGCCCGACCCACCAUCCCCCAGAAGCCGCGGACCACCAGCAGCAGCAGGAGCAUAGACGAGGGCUCAGAUUCACCCAGCAGUGGCAGCGUGUCGCCGAAGGUCUCAGCUCUCACUCCCACACUAAAGAGGAUGCUGUCUGAGAAAGACAAAGAUGGCCUGCAGUCGGGAGGCUCUGCCAACAAAACCACUCAGGAUGUGAGGACGGGCUCUGUGUCGGACUCUGUUCAGCGACCCAGCCCUCUCCGUACCAACUCUGAGGAUCACGGCUCCAUCAGGACCAAGGACCAAUCUCCAAAUCCAGACAAGGCAGCGGGAAAGAAGUCAUCAGACUCUGGGGAGGAGGCAGACAAAAACUUUAUUUUGAUAUGAGUGAGAUAAACAUUGAUGAGCCUCAAGUGUUUUCUUUUAGAAAAGCAACUAAGGGGGGAAUCCGAUGGAUAUAUUUUGGUUUAUAUUAGAGGUUCUACCUGCAGGUCCUGUCUGACCACACAGUAUGAAUCAUGUUUGGUCUGCAGGAAAACCUGCUGUAGUAUCAGGUAAUACACAGUGUCAGAUUUUAUUUCAUUUGGUUGUCCAUGAUGAAGUUAUUGCUAACACUUGGGGGGAUAUCCUCAUUACAGUUUUCAGUAACAUCGCUUCACCUAGUAAACCAAACUGUGCAUAGUCUCCGAAGAGCUUCCUUCUCACAAACCUACUCUCUGAAAUCCUCUUAAAAAAAAAAAACCUUGAAGGAUUUGAUGAUCACUGAAACCUGAAUUAAAGUUUGUUAACCACUAAGAAGAGACACAAUGCUUUCAGGAAACAGCAGACAGAGAGAGACUGUGAAACCAUGAGUGUACGUCUAAAAUCUUUCUUUAACAAUCCAACGUCUCGUUUCCAUUUGUUGCUUGUAGCUCGUUUCCCAGGGACCAAACACAUGCAACAAUAACACCAGGAUCACUGUACUGUACUUGAACUCAAACAUACGACCACGCCGGGACCCAAUUGCAUUUAUCUCCCUCAAUAAUAUUUUUACAGAUUUUUCUAAACGCUAUUUUCAGUGAGUUACUUUUCUCCGGACUUCAGAGGUGACUGAAUCCAUUAUGCAAUUCAGUUUUGGAGUUUUUGUUUCUUUUUUUUUUUACAGGAAGAUACAGGUUCAGCUGAGAAUCUCAGCCCACCAUAUAUCAGAAAUACAAUUUUUGAUGUUUUGAUGUAGCUGACAUUAAAAGUCACUCAGAGGAGACUCACCGGACUCUGAGGAUAGCUAUACACGAUACUUAACACCCGACUGGACUCAAGUUUGUCUCUGUGUGAGAGAGUUGGAGUGACCAUAUGAAGUGUUGCUUAGGGAGGACUGUGGUGCACUUAAACUUCACUGAUGACCAAUCAAUAAGGCUUCAGCACUGUUAACUAACACUGUUCUCUGUGUUACCAUGCUAACCACAAAAAAAAAGGUGUUAUGAUGCCUUCAAACUGCAGCAAUCAUUUUUCGGCGAUUUAGGGGGAAAAGGAGUUUGUGUCUCUUAUUAAAGCGCAAUACAGAGUCCCAUCAUAAACACAGUCUCUUAUGUCUGUGGCUCAAAUUAAUUUCUAGCUCACACUCCUCAGAAUAAAUGAGAACAUUAAACUAAACUGUGUGGUAUGCCAGUGCUCGUCUCCCAUACAGACUCUGAAUUGCUCUUUAAGACAGAUCUAUCUUCACCCCUUAUAAUGUACUCGCACGUGUGGAUAUCACCCUGGUGUGCUGAUGGUCUAAUGAAAGCAAAGAACUGACUCAAAAAGAGGAAUGUCAUUGAUAAACGGCUUGAAGGUAACGCAGAUGGAGAGAGUGUCAUUCACUGACAGUACUUCGACAACAACCUCUGGAGUCUGAUCUUUGUUGUAAAGAGCGGGACACUGAGGGAACUCCAGCCCAUCGAACACUCAGCAUCUCUUACAGAACUUGGCCUUUAGGGGCUUUCAAAUUCAGCUCACUUUCACCUCAUUCCAUGCAACACAAGACAUUUCUUUGAAUACAACCUACACGCAUACAGAUAACCGAGAAUGCAGCGCCCGGAGUGAAUGUGAACACAGGGUAGCUGUAUUUUGACCACACGGAUCUCUGGGAUAUUCUGUACGUAGCAUUCCUAAGACCUGAAUGCUACACAGCAACAGCAAGUUGAUUAUCUUUGUCUGUCAUGAAACGCCCUUUUCACACUGCCACACAGUCAGCUAACAGACUCUCAAAGUUAUCGUAUGUUCAAAGUCGUUCAUCUCCUCAUUCAUCAUCGAGGGUGAAAUAACUCGUACCCCUAUUUACAGUUUGUGCCGUAAGCAAUGGAUUGUUUACAGUUUCACUAAAAUGCAAUACACAUCGGGACGUUGCACCAUGUUGUGCUGCACUGAUGUCAUAUUUGAGUAGUAACGCUUUAUGUUGAGGUCCUUGGAGGCGUUUCAGGAACACAAAGGAAAAAACUAAAACAAAAAGCAUGACAGGUCUCCUUUAAGACUAUAUGCUAUAGUGCUAAUCAUAACAUGAUCAACAAGCUUAUGAUAAGACAUUUAUAAGAAACAUGUUAACAGUUUAACUUUAAUAAAAGCCUAAUAAGGGAUUUACUGAUCUUCAUAAGACAUUGCUCUCACUUUAGAUCAGGUACCGACAAAAAGCAGAGUUAACUUACAUUUCAACAUAGUUAACUUUAUAACCAAGUAUGUACUGAUGUUGAUAAACCAACCACACAUGAGCUUAGUCAAGUCUUAACAAUGAUGUAAUAGGUAAGUUAGGUAAAAAUUAAUGAAAAUUGUUUUAGUCGUUAUUAACAAUUAUACAAACUCUUGGGGCUUUUAUAAAUGAUCUUAAGCAUCUAUAAAAUGUUGACACAUAUCUUAUUAGGGCUUAUAAAUGUCUUAUUAUCUAACAAGGAACAUGUGUAUGAUGCUAUUAUUAAGGCUUAUGCUUAUAUAUAAGCUUAGGAGGGUUUUAUUACCUAUCAACUAACUCUUAUGACGAGGACCUUAAUGUGAAGCUUGACCUCAAACUUUUUUCUUAAACUUACUUGAAAACACAAACUAACAUGGAUGCUUCGACCCGUCCUUCAGUAAACCCCACACUGAAUGGAUAUGUGGCUAUAGUUGCAGUGCACUUGCAGUUGUUAACCCUAAGAAAUGGUGGAACCUUUCCCGUCUCUGCCACCGUCCUCUGUCACAUGAACGCAACAUUGAACACCUCUGUAUGAGAUUUGACUAAUUUAUCAUUAUAUUGACAGAUACCACUGUGGGAAUACCUUUAUUUUUGACUACAUAGCUGACUGAACUGUGCUCCAACCUUAAUUUUCAAAGUGCACUAGACCUCUUUCUUUACGCGCAGUGUGAAAGGGGCUCAAGUCGUAUUUUAUUGUACUGUACAAGAGACUAAUUCAAGUCAGGGCCAAAGGUCUUACUGGUGCACCUUUUCCUAUGGUGUCUAUUGAUGUCUUUUGUAGGAUCAUGAUAAGAUUUUGCUUCCUUGUCACUAAUCAUGGUUUGGAAAAUAACACUGUUCCUGCUGUAUAUAGUUAAUCUGUCUCUGAUGUCUGCUUUGAUUCACAGUGUCAGUCCUAAAACUCAUCACUUUUUUCUUUGAAAGAUCUUCAAGGAAACGAGAGAAAAAAACUACCACUACUUUUCAGUACCUUUGGAGCAAAUACAUGUGGCUGUGUUCUGUUGACACUGUUUCGACUUUUUCCUGAUGCAAAGGAAAUUACGUGGACACACUCUUCUUCUUCUUCUUCUUCUUCUUCUUCUUCAACUCUCCCGAGUGGGACUUCAGAAGCAGCUGGCUGUGUUUCUGUCACGAUUUCCUGUCCAGUCCUGAAAAAUGAGCAUCCACUUCAUUUCUGUCAGUGCACGGAGUGAUGAAAGUGAAACAUAACCAGUAGCAUUGAGUCAAGACUCCUGAGUCUGCGUAUGUGUGUGACUGCAUGAUGUGGCCGUGGGUUGUACUGUAUGUAUAUAUGUGCUUUCAUACAUGUAGGAGUGUGUGUAUAUAUGUAUGUGUAAUAUACGCACAUGUAACAUACACACUGUGAUAUAUUCACAUGCCUAUGUGAACACAGCAAAUCCUCUAUUGUUUUGGUACUAAGUACGCUACUAUACUAAGGGUUUGUUUGUAACUUAUUUGGAAUAAAAACAGUGGCCGGUUAUGUCUUGA